UUACAGAAAGAUAUGCAUAGGGAAAGUAUCCUUUUAUUUCUACUCUUUAUCAUAUUUCAUCUACAAGCAACAACAUUUGGCUUUCGACAACAAUCUAUUGGUGUCCGAGGUCGUCUUGUAUGUGGUAAUCAAAGUUUGUCAAAUACACAAGUGAAAUUGUGGAAUAAAAAUAAAAUUGGUACGGAUGAUCAAUUAGCAGCGAUGAAAACGAAUGCUGAUGGUAGUUAUGAAUUGAAAGGUGGCAUUGGAUCAAUAUUUGGAAUGGAUGUUGUGUUGAAAAUUUAUCAUGAUUGUGAUGAUGGAGUUAUGCCUUGUCAACGAAAAGUUGUACUAAAUAUUCCCGAUCAUUAUGUUACUCGUUCAAGUGAUGUCAAAAAGUGGUUUAAUGCGGGAAUAAUGAAUAUGGAAUUCAAAUUUCCAAAUGAAGAACGAAGCUGUAUCAAUUAGUAUAAAAUCAGAAAUGAUAUAUAUCUCAUUUAUCAACUACAUUAAUUUGCAUGAAUUAUGUCACUUAUCAAUUGUGCUAUGAUAAAUGCAUAUCACUUAUCAAUUGUGCUAUGAUAAAUGUAUACAACAUCUUAUUGCUUAUAAUUGUUUAAUCAUUUACUCAUUUAUCAUUACUUAUUCUACACUUUGUUAAAGGGGAAGGAUAAAUGAAUAGGGUUGAACUGAUCAAUUGUUUUCCCUUCUUAAUUUUGCCCAUACAUUUAAGAAUCUGUUUUUUUUCUCAUCCAACAUUCAUAUAUUCAACAUAACCAUCAUCUUAUCCUAAUUUGAA